UCUUAUAGAAGUUUGGAAUAUGGUUAAAUUUGACUCAUAACUUCCUAUGCUGUUGUAGUUUUUAUUUAAGUAAGCAUUUGUUUAUGUAGUUGGGAGAGGACUUAUGACUUACUGGCAUUUAAUUAAAAAUGUUUUUCCGAAGGUUCUGCAAUUGUGUAUAUGUGUAUAAUCUAUUCAUACUUUCAUACAAAUUAUUAUUAAUUUUUAAAAGGUAAAACAAAAGCAACAUGGGAAGGAGAAACCAAACUGUUGUCUCAGAGUUCCUCCUCCUGGGCCUGCCCAUUGAGCCAGAGCAGCGAAUCCUGUUCUAUGCCCUGUUCCUGGUCAUGUAUCUCACCACGGUCGUGGGCAACUUCAUCAUCAUCAUUCUCAUUCAACUGGACUCCCACCUCCACGCACCCAUGUAUUUGUUUCUCAGCAACUUGUCCUUCUCUGACCUCUGCUUCUCCUCUGUGACCAUUCCCAAAUUGCUGCAGACCAUGCAGAACCCAGUCCCAUCCAUUCCCUAUACAGGAUGCCUGGCCCAGAUGUACUUCUUUCUGCCUUUUGCAGAUCUGGAGAGCUUCCUGCUUGUGGCCAUCGCCUAUGACCACUAUGUGGCCAUUUGCUUCCCCUUGCACUACACCACCAUCAUGAGCCCCCAGCUCUGUCUCUGUCUGGUAGCACUGUCCUGGGUGCUGACCACGUUCAUGUCUUUGCUGCACACUUCGUUCAUGGCUCGGUUGUCUUUCUGUGCAGACAACGUGAUACCUCACUUUUUCUGUGACAUGUCUGCUCUGCUGAAGUUGGCCUGCUCUGGCAUUCAGAUAAAUGAAAUGAUGAUAUUUAUCUUGGGAGGGCUUGUCAUUAUUGUUCCAUUCCUGUUGAUCUUUUCGUCCUAUGUACGAAUUGUCUUCUCUAUCCUCAAGGUCCGUUCUGCCAGAGGCAUCCGAAAGGCUUUCUCCACCUGUGGUUCCCACCUGUCCGUGUUGUCUCUCUUCUAUGGGACGAUCAUUGGUCUCUAUUUAUGCGCAUCAGCUAAUAAUUCUACUGUAAAGGAGACUGUCAUGGCUGUGAUGUACACCAUGGUGACCCCCAUGCUGAAUCCUUUUAUUUAUAGCCUAAGGAAUCAGGACAUAAAGGGAGCCUUGGGAAGGGUGUUUUCAAGCAGGAUAUUUCACUUUUCUUUGUGCCAGUGA